UGUCUCUCUUUCGUUGUCAGAAACUUUCGAAACAGUCUUCUCUUCAUUUGACAAAAAACACAAAUGGAAGGAAGAGUCAACGCUUUGUCAACCAUAAACGAUCUAGAACUUCACGAUUUCUUGGUCGAUCCAAACUUCGAUCAGUUCAUAAAUCUCAUACGAGGUGAUCAUCAAGCCAUCGACGAAAACCCAGUUCUUGAUUUCGAUCUUGGUCCAUUACAAAACAGCCCAUGUUUCAUAGACGAGAACCAGUUCAUCCCAACACCUGUCGAUGACCUGUUCGACGAACUGCCUGACUUAGACUCCAAUGUCGCUGAAUCUUUCCGUAGCUUUGAUGGUGAGAGUGUUAGAGCCAACGGCGAAGAAGAAGAAGAAGAUUACAACGACGGUGAUGAUUCCUCUGCCACUACGACGAAUAAUGAUGGAAGUCGUAAGACGAAGACUGAUCGGUCUAGGACUUUGAUCUCUGAGAGAAGAAGGAGAGGUCGUAUGAAGGAUAAGCUUUAUGCAUUGAGAUCUCUUGUUCCCAAUAUUACUAAGAUGGAUAAAGCAUCUAUCGUUGGAGAUGCGGUGUCGUAUGUUCAAGAACUUCAAUCACAAGCCAAGAAACUCAAAUCCGAUAUCGCGGGACUUGAAGCUUCUUUAAACUCUACUGGUGGGUACCAAGAACCUGCUCCGGAUGCUCAAAAGACUCAACCUUUUCGCGGUAUCAAUCCUCCGGUUUCCAAGAAAAUCGUUCAGAUGGAUGUUAUUCAAGUGGAGGAGAAAGGGUUUUAUGUGAGAUUGGUAUGUAAUAAAGGAGAAGGUGUUGCUCCAUCUCUUUACAAGUCUUUGGAGUCUCUUACAAGUUUCCAAGUGCAAAACUCAAACCUAAGCUCUCCUUCUCCUGACAGAUACCUCUUAACAUAUACGUUAGAUGGGACAUGUUUUGAACAGAGCUUAAACUUGCCUAACCUGAAGCUGUGGAUCACUGGAUCACUUCUAAACCAAGGUUUUGAAUUCAUCAAGCCAUUCACUUGAUUCCGUAACGCUUGCUCUAACGUGAGUAAAAUCCGGUUCUGCAUCUCAUUGAUUGUGUACCUUUCUUGCAUGUUUCAUAACUUUCAGGGAUCUAAUUUUAAUUCUAGUGAUGAUGUAAUCGAGAUUGUUGAUUCUCUCUUGAAUAAACACCGUCUUAUAGAGUAAUUUAGCGACAAAUUGUAUGAUUAAAUGAAGUAAUUUUAUGUUUUGUUUA